AGCCCGCGAGCCGCAACUACUGAAGCCCGCACGCCUAGAGCCCGUGCUCUGCAACAAGAGAAGCCACCGCAGUGAGAAGCCCCUGCUCACCACAGCUAGAGAAAGCCGGUGCGCAGCAACGAAGACCCAACACAACCAAAAAUAAAUAAAUAAUAAAUAAAGUCAUUAAAAAAAAAAUUUCCUCCUGAAGAUACCUACCUAUCUGAAGACCUGUUCUGCCAGUUUUCCCAGAGCACUGAGAGCCUCAUUCCUGAUCUCCGCCCUGAACUCCUUUCAAGGUGUGUUGAAGGUGAGCAACUGUAGUGGCUAAUGAGCCAAUCCUUGUAGAACCAGGUGAUGAGGGACCUUCUUCAGGCAUGAGGAGUAGCACUUUCAGUCUCAAAACAUACAUCCAAAUGCGUAGGAGCCUGAGGUCAGAGAGCCAGAGGACCUGAAUUUUAGAGUAAAUCACAGACACAGGAGCAGCAUUGAAGGGUCUCCCACUGGACCAUGAUGGCACUGACUCACGCAAGAAUCACCAGCGGGCCCCAGGAUGCUGAGCAGGUUCCUGGGCCCGCACUGUCGCGAGCUGGCCAGAAAUUGGAUUCCCAUGGCGGGCAUGUGGGGCACCGUGGGCACCAUGGGACUGGUGUGGGCCACCGAGUGGUGGCUGAUUCUGGACCAGGUGCCCUACAUCAAUGGCAAGUUUAAGAAGGAUGAUUAGGACUUCCCCGGCAGUCCAGUGGUUAAGACUCGGCA